CUGACCGCUAGAUAAUUAAUAUUAUGAUGACGGCUCUGUACUACCAUCGACAUUCUUCUAUGCAGAAAAGAGACGGGCUAAAACUUAUAGAAGAGAUAUCAGUAAAAGAAGGAGACCAUGUCCUAGAUCUAGGCUGUGGCACUGGUCACCUGGCGGUAGUAUUAUCAAAGAUUGUAGGUGAAGAAGGGAAAGUAAUUGCUGUUGAUCCAAACAAUGAACGAAUAGAGCUAGCAAAGGAAGUAAACAGUUCUAUUAACAUAGAAUAUCUGGUUGCUAGUGAUGCAGACUUUCCUACUGAUCAGCAAUACCAUAGCGUAAUCUGCACUGAUGUUAUACAUUGGAUAAAGGACAAAGAGAGCAUAUUCAAAAAAGUUUAUUGUAGCCUUAGACCAGGUGGUACGUUUGGAUUUACAACAUUUUCCAACGAGCCAAAACACCAUCCAAUUCUAUUUGAGAUGUUCCCUCCAAAGGUGCUACAAGAAGUUAUCAAUUUGGCUUAUAACACCUUGACACCAGAAAAAUAUAAAGAACUAGCAAGUUUGACGGGAUUUGAGGUGACAUUCAUGGACGUAUUUGAAGCUCAGAUGCACUUUCCAAACAUUAAUGCGUUUGUUGAUUACUUUUACAGUAGCUUUCAAGGAAAAUUUGAUCCCAAUUCUCCAACUAUAAAAAGAAUUAAGGAGAAAUACAAAGGACAGGAGCUGGUUAGGAUAUUACCAAGAUUGACUGUCAUUUUAACCAAGCCAAUUCAAUAGUAGAUAGUAACAUUGUUUAUUUAAAUUACUGCAUACUUAUGUUCUCACAUUUACAGUUUUUGAUUUCAAAAUUAAAAAAAACAAUUGUAAUCUGUCACAUUUUUU